UCUUCCCGGAUUUUAUUGGCUGCCCCGGCCUGCCCCUCUCUCAAUACGUUUCUUUCAUUGGUCAGCAGUGCCAAACUCCAGCUUCCACUGACAAUUCCCGGAACCAAUCAUCUCCAAUCGCCGCCCCUUCUCUCCGCCGGCAUGUGAGUGACAUGCAUGGAAACCAAUAAGAAAUGAAAGUGAGGACGUGAAACUAGACUCCUCCCCUUUGUCCUCAACUCGAUCAGUAAAUGGUUGAAAAGGUUGAGCAGCUGAUACUAACCACCAAUCCGUAAGGGCGGAAGAGGCAGGAUGCAAAGAGAGAUGGGCGGGGGUGACGUGGCAGUGACGGGGCCCUAAACUGAAAUGAGUGGCGGAAAUACUAGCCAGUCGGCGAUCAAACUGGCCGGGCGCUCUGCAUUCUCGAGUCCUCCCUGAGCGCUGGGGACCUUCGGGAGAGCACCAAUGAGCUUGUACAUGAGUCUGAUUGGCCUUCACCCGAACCAAUCCACGGCGGGGCUGGAGGACGCGUCCCACCCCGGGCUCUCACUGGGCGGUGUGGAAUGACAGGCCCGAGAGAAAUGCCAAUGUCCUAGGGGUCUUCUGCAAGUGACACUCCGCGGCGCCAAUUGACUCCCUUCUUCCUGGCGGCCGUGCCCUCCUCCCCGCGGCGGGCCUGGCGGGGCGGGGACGCUGCGCGGCCGCGGCUGAUGCGCUAGCCGUGUGGGGCGCUUCGGGCGGCGGCGGCGGCGGCUCUCGUAGGCGGUUCCGGUCCUGUAUCUCGGGGCGGCGGCGGCUCAUGGCGGCGACGGAGCUGAGAGGAGUGGUGGGGCCAGGCCCGGCAGCCAUUGCAGCUCCGGGCGGCGGCAGCACCGGUCCUCCCGUGGGGGGAGGCGGCGGCGGCGGCCGCGGAGACUCGGGGCCAGGCUCCGGGGCGGGCUCGGCUCGAGAAGGCUGGCUCUUCAAAUGGACCAAUUACAUCAAAGGCUACCAGCGGCGGUGGUUCGUGCUGAGCAACGGGCUCCUGAGCUACUACAGGUCAAAGGCAGAGAUGAGACACACCUGCCGUGGUACCAUCAACCUCGCCACAGCCAACAUCACCGUGGAGGACUCCUGCAACUUCAUCAUUUCCAAUGGGGGUGCUCAGACCUACCAUCUGAAGGCGAGCUCAGAAGUGGAGCGGCAGCGCUGGGUGACGGCCCUGGAGCUGGCCAAGGCUAAGGCUGUGAAGAUGCUGGCAGAAUCGGAUGAGUCAGGAGAUGAAGAGUCUGUGUCACAAACUGACAAGACUGAGCUGCAGAAUACCCUCCGGACUCUUUCCAGCAAAGUGGAGGACCUGAGCACGUGCAAUGACCUGAUAGCCAAGCAUGGCACAGCGCUGCAGCGCUCCCUCAGUGAGCUGGAGUCCCUGAGGUUGCCUGCCGAGAGCAACGAGAAGAUCAAACAGGUCAACGAACGGGCCACACUCUUUAGGAUAACAUCCAAUGCCAUGAUCAAUGCCUGCAGGGAUUUCCUCAUGUUAGCCCAGACCCAUAGUAAAAAGUGGCAGAAGUCUCUACAGUAUGAAAGAGACCAGCGUAUCCGACUGGAGGAGACCCUCGAGCAGCUGGCGAAGCAGCAUAAUCACCUGGAGAGAGCCUUCCGAGGAGCCACCGUGCUGCCGGCAAACACUCCUGGCAGUGCUGGUUCUGGUAAAGAUCAGUGCUGCUCUGGCAAAGGAGACAUGAGUGAUGAGGAUGAUGAGAAUGAAUUUUUUGAUGCUCCUGAGAUCAUCACAAUGCCUGAAAAUUUGGGCCACAAACGUACUGGCAGCAACAUCAGUGGAGCCAGCAGUGACAUCAGCCUUGAUGACCAGUACAAGCAUCAGCUGGAAGAGACCAAGAAGGAAAAGAGAACUAGAAUACCAUACAAGCCAAACUAUAGCCUCAAUUUAUGGAGCAUCAUGAAGAACUGCAUUGGAAAAGAACUCUCUAAGAUCCCCAUGCCGGUGAACUUUAAUGAGCCCUUAUCCAUGCUUCAGCGCCUCACUGAAGAUCUGGAAUACCAUGAGCUGUUAGACCGAGCUGCAAAAUGUGAGAACUCUCUAGAACAGCUCUGUUAUGUUGCAGCUUUCACCGUGUCCUCCUAUUCCACUACUGUCUUCCGUACCAGCAAACCAUUCAACCCACUCCUUGGGGAGACCUUUGAGUUGGACCGAUUAGAGGAGAAUGGGUACCGAUCCCUCUGUGAGCAGGUGAGUCAUCAUCCCCCUGCUGCUGCACACCACGCAGAGUCCAAAAAUGGCUGGACGUUGCGUCAGGAAAUCAAAAUCACCAGCAAGUUUCGAGGCAAAUACCUCUCCAUUAUGCCCCUCGGUAGCAUCCACUGUAUUUUCCAUGCAACUGGGCACCACUACACUUGGAAGAAAGUUACCACAACAGUGCACAACAUUAUCGUGGGCAAGUUGUGGAUAGAUCAGUCUGGUGAAAUUGACAUUGUGAAUCACAAGACAGGAGACAAGUGCAAUCUUAAAUUUGUUCCUUAUAGCUACUUCUCUCGGGAUGUAGCAAGAAAGGUGACAGGGGAGGUGACAGAUCCAUCAGGAAAAGUUCACUUUGCCCUUCUGGGGACGUGGGAUGAGAAAAUGGAUUGUUUCAAAGUACAUCCAGUCAUUGGGGAAAAUGGGGGUGAUGCUCGACAGAGAGGCCACGAAGCAGAGGAAAGCAGGGUCACGCUGUGGAAAAGGAAUCCUUUACCGAAGAAUGCAGAAAACAUGUACUACUUCUCAGAGCUUGCUCUAACGCUCAAUGCCUGGGAAGCUGGCACUGCCCCCACGGACAGCCGGUUACGGCCCGACCAGAGACUGAUGGAAAAUGGGCGCUGGGAUGAAGCAAAUGCUGAGAAGCAGCGCCUGGAGGAGAAACAAAGACUUUCCAGAAAGAAGAGAGAAGCGGAAGCUAUGAAAGCCACAGAGGAUGGCACGCCCUAUGAUCCCUACAAGGCACUGUGGUUUGAGCGGAAGAAGGACCCUGUUACCAAGGAGUUAACCCAUAUUUAUAGGGGAGGAUACUGGGAGUGUAAAGAGAAACAGGACUGGAACUCAUGCCCGGACAUUUUCUGAAGUGGCAGUAAUGAAAAGGAGGAGGACCCACAGGAGAAGAGGACAGAGGAUGUGCGGGAAGCUGGCAGUCGUGGCUCUCUGACCGAGUGCUUUCCUCAAGUUUGUCUGUCUUAACCAAUCAUUUUUCCCAAUCAGUCACCAGAAGCAGACACCAGUGGUGGUGAUUGGCUGGUUGCCUUAGCCGAUUGAAACUGAA